AUGUUCGCCUCGAAACAUGCCAAACCCAACUCUAAGAAGCCGACGGUGCGCCGUGAGACCGUCAUGGUGCCGCUGAACAAGCCGUCGACUUCGAAACGGCCUUCCAAACCAACGCCACAGCGGCCGAGCGCGCCCGCGCCUUCGGAUCGCUUCAAGCUUCCACCGCAGGCCGGCGCAAAGGCUGCUACUCGUCCAUUGAAGAAGGCGCAGGCUCCGGUGCAGAAGGCGAAGGAGGUGAGCAGGGGCAUCAAGCGGAAGAGCGCGACGCCGGACCGCAUUCAGUUCAGCAGCGACGAGGAGAGUGACAGCGAUGAUGGUUCCGGCACCAGCGACUCUGAUGCGGUCUCCCGUAAGCGUAUCAAGAGCAGCGUGAGCUCGGUGGAGAGCAGUGGGCCAAGCAGGAGCUUGGUGCGCGAGGUUGCUUAUGGGGAGAAGGCGGAGGAGGUGCAGUGUCUGCAGGGUGCCGAUGCGACGUCAGGCGUGCAUGAGGCAAAGUUCAAGAAUCCAUGGGAUUCGGAGAGCUUCGAGACCGUGGAGCUACAGUACCCGAGCAACACCGCGCGCGAGAAGUUUGAGCUCAAAUGGCCGAAGAACGAGAAGGACGACUACAAGCCGAUGGAGGAUAUCAGCGAGACCGUCAAAGCGAUCUGCGAUUUCUACCUCCCAGCGGAAUUGCGUCAGAAGCACGGCAGCGCGGAAUUCGACCGGAAGUUCAAGAAGGCCUGGCGCAACGAGAGCAUCCCGGAGUUCAUCAGCGUGGUCAACGACUUCAACACCAUGCUCCGGCCGUACAUCGACGACGGGACCGUGCGGCGCGAACUCGCCAGCAAGCGCAGCCUCCCUCUCGACACCAUCAAACGCAUCCUAGACCAGAUCUACGCUCGCACGGUCUCCCCCAAAGUCGAAACCCUCCGAGCCUACCAGAACGGCAGUGACAACGUCUACGGCGAACUCCUGCCCCGCUUCUGCAGCACCAUCUUCGCCAAGACCAACCUCAACAAGUCCCACACCUUCGUCGACAUCGGUUCCGGCGUCGGCAACGUCGUUCUCCAAGCCGCGCUCGAAGUCGGCUGCGACAGCUGGGGCAUCGAGAUGAUGCCAAACCCCUGCGACCUCGGCGAGCUCCAGGCUAAAGAGUUCCCCGGCCGCACUCAUCUUUGGGGUCUGGACGUCGGCAAAGUCAAGCUGAUCCGCGGCGACAUCACCAAGAACACCGAAAUCAGCCCCGUCCUCCAGCGCGCCGACCUCGUGCUCGUCAACAACCAGGCAUUCACCCCGCAGCUCAACGACACCCUGCUUUCCAUCUUCCUGGACCUAAAAGAUGGCUGCAAAGUCGCGAGUCUUAAGCCGUUCGUGCCCGAAGGCCACAAGCUGAGUGCGCGCAACCAGAACUCCCUGACAAACCAGUUCUCGCAUCAACUGAAGCUCGAAUACUUCUCUGAAUCCGUGAGCUGGACGAAUCAGAUGGGCACCUGGUACAUCGCGACCAAAGGGUCAAGUGCGCUGCAGAGCUACACCAAGUAG